CGGAGUUGACGCCGACGCCGCCGCCGCAGCGUACGACGCGUGUGCAACAACACCAGUCCGUCGCGGUCGCCGCCACGACUUACGCGCAAGUGUGUGACGUUACGCGCCGACCCGCCGCCCGUGCGAAGACAGUCAGUCGGACGCCGCCGCGACACCCUGCAACGCGCGAACGACGAUUUACGCGAAUUCCGCCUGUUCGGGGAUAACAUGCGCGCCGCCGCCGCCGGAACAGCCGCAGCAUCGCCACCGGAACAGCAAUGAUCGUCCCGCCGCCGCCGCCGUCGUCGUCGUCGUCGUCGUCGUUGCCCGCCGUCAAAAGGUCGUACUCGUCAACUCGGCUACUGUACAAGAGAAAAAGACGUCAAUAGGAAUGACAUGAAAGUAAUUGUAUGUCAGUUUGGGGUACAGCCCCCAAGCGAUGGGAGAUAGCGUCGAUAACUACAUAAAUGCUACUGAAUCUGACAUCAUGAUUAAAAGACAAAUGAUUAGAGCCGAAUUUUAUAAUACUUAUGAUGUGAUGACUGGAAUUAGAAUUGCAUCCACCUUAGGAGGAUUUUUUUUAAUGAUGGUUCUAUUAGUAUUGUACAAGAGUAAAUGUAAAACUCGAUCUCUCUCUGACCAACAUCUCGAAGCGGUCAUCAAAGCGGCUGUAGACCAAGAAGAACAACUUGCUGCUUUGGCUAAAAGAAGUUCUAGCUCUAGCUAUUGUUCUGGUCAUGGUCUUUGUAGAUGUUCUCCGAGAUAUAGUAUGACUGAAAACAGUGUUGCUGAUUGCAAUAACUGGAACCGUAAAUCUAAGACCUAUAUGUCUGAAACCCAAUAUCAUCCAUAUUCGGCUUUAUCUCAAACCAGCAACAAGUUUAUGAAAUCGUCAGUAUUAGAAUACUCUUUCGAAGAGGACGAAGACGAUAAUAUGGAUAAUGAUGAUAUUGAGGACGUAUGUAGCAAUAAUGGUUAUCGUGUAGCUAAAUGGCUGGAAGUGCCAUGUGAUCAAAAGUGGAUUCCAAGAGGAAAUAGUGCCAUAACAGUCAGUAGCAACGAUACAAGUUACUUGGAAGCCAGAGGAUCAUCGUUAUUUGUUGGACAGCCACCAUCUCCAUUGAACCACCCACCACCUGCCGGUUACCCACCAUGGGAGUUUUACUAUCCCAUUGACAUACAAGUGAUCCAGCCUACGCCGUGCAUGUCACCGAGCGGCGGCAGCCAGGAAAGUUUCUCGGACGUGCCCAGGCACACCGAACAGCUGUUGCCGGCCGCGUCCGAGCGGUUCCGGAAACCACCGCAGCCGCCGCGGAAGACGGUGUCGUCGUCGUCCACGGCGGCGCCCAUCGCGUGCAUCCGGACGUCGUGCAGCAGUUGCAGCGACGACGCCGCUUCCACCGCCACCACGGUCAACUCGUCCGUGUUCGUCGACGAAUGUUGUUGCGCGACUGCGUCUUCGCCACCGCCGCCGCUGACCCACGACGAAGACGACUGCGACGACGGAGCUUCGUUAGCGUCACAGAUGAUCAGCGCAGAACCGACCAAAGCAUCUUGUGGGAGGCGAUACUCACCGCCGCCGACCACUAACCGCGGUAACGGUACGUCUCGGACCGACGGUGAUCGCGAAGUGGCUACAACACUUGGAGGUGCCGCCGCGUCCGCGGUCAGAUCGUAUCACGAUUUCAACCGCAGGCCGCAGCAACCGACGGCAGUCGGCCGGAACGUGAUCGUUGUCCAGGCGGACGUGAACCCCGUAGCCGACUCGAUCGUCAACGCCAACUCAUUAUCAGGGUCUUUACGCGCGCUUUACGACGCGUCUAAAGAAACAUUGUUCUAGUGUUUAAGGCUAAAAAUACGUGUUGUUCGAGAAUAUUGUCAUAUGUAUACUUUUACGUAGGCAUAUUAUUGUGUGUCGUAUAAAAUACAACAAGUGUUCAAGUAUACAUAUUGCAAUAUUUUAAGUAAAUAUAUGUAUUAUAUUAUAUACAUAUUAUAAACAUAUGAAAUCAGGGUUACCUACCAUUAAGCAUGCCUGCAGACAUCCAGAGCCUCGGUCUUCGAUAAGAGUAGCGCGAUGUUAUAAAUAAAAAAAAAUCACGACUGGUGCGACUAUUAUAAUACACACGGAGCAACUUACAAGUAAUAUAUGACUUCUUAUAAUAUUUCAUAAUUGCUAGAGGCCUAGAACGAACGGACCAAAUUGUUCUUAUGAGGAAUAAAUAGAUUGGGAAAUUUACAUAGCCGUAUACUUUUAAUGAAACGUUCAAUAUGAUUGGUUGAAUAACGGUUAUGUAAUAUAGUUUAAAAAACAAAUACAAAAUUAUUGAAUUCUUCAUAUGAUAUUAUUAUAGCCAUCGCGUUCCACGUUGGCUGGCAUUGGUGGUGUAGUCGGUUAGAUUAAAGAGUCUAUAAUGGCUAUAAAGAUCUACCUGCUGAUGUCCAAAAAAAAAAAAAUUAUACUGUAUAAAACAUUCCGAGUGAGAAAACAUUUUAAAAUAGGAUAUAAAUUGAAAAUAAGUUAAUAUAAUUGUUUAAUCUGUAGAAAUAUAUGAAUCUAAAUUUAGUUUGCAAAAUAAAUCUUAGGAAUUAAAAAUAUUAAUUUAAUAGUCAAAUAUCAAACUGAUUAAAAUGUAUAUGUAUCACAAUAUAACGAUAACAAUUCCGUAUAAAUUAAUAUAGGUACGCCUACUUUUUUCUCGCAAGUUUACUAUAAAUUUUGAAUUAUUACAUUUCAACAGAUUUGACAAUUUACUUGGUUUCUGUUUUAUUUCGGAUCCUUAAAAGCUAAUAUAUUUUUUUUUUACACCGAGUUAAGUAGUUAACUAAGUGUUUUUGUCGGAAUAUACUUCAACUAUCGUCGGGCUUUUGUCGAUUGAUAUACUGCGCGUGUUGUUAUUCCGUUUACGUGUCUAAAACGCCACCAUUGCCACCGAUAAUCUGUGUAUCGUUAUGAUUAAAUGUCAUUUUGUCUUUAUCGUUACCUACUACUGUUGGGUUAUUAAAACAGUAAAAAGACCAUAAUCUGGGUGUGAAACGUCGUAAUUAAUUAUCUGGCGGUUCCCCCGACACCUCGCCCUUUUAAAAGAUUCGUACUACCUUCCACGAUAAAUCAUCUCGAGACGAUAAUAAUAAUAUGAUUAAAGACACUUUGUAAUGAUUAAAUUUUGUAUAAAGGCUAUAUACAUACUUUGAAAUUGUGUUCUUGAACAGGAUCUGCAUGCAAAUCUUGUAUAAAUGCAAAUAGCAAAUAUUGCCCGUGCAUCAUAAAUAUAAUACCUGUAGUCAUAUAGACGAAUAAGAGUGUGUAUCUUAUGUGCGUUAUGCUUAUAAUAUAUUAUUAUGUCUUAUAGAACACUACCAUAUAUAAUAUUAUAUAUUAAUUAUUAUAGAAUAUCUAUUAUGCUCGUCUCCAUCUAAAUUUUUUUUUCAAAUUAAUAUUUUCGUGAUAAUAUUAUAAUACUGUGUUUGGGGAGAUCCAUGAUUGUUGUAUAAUCUGUAUAAUAAUUUUUGAUUUACCGAAAUACUCGUUUAAGUAUACUUGUUAUAACAACUAAUGCGUUAGUAAAAAUAUGGGUAGAAUUCGAUUGUAUACCGUUUUAUUAUUUUCAUAUAGUACGAUUUCGUGCGGUAAAUUAAUUUUAUUUGAGGUGCAAUAUCUCCAAAUCUUACAAAAUAUAUAGGUUUAAUACAAAUUUCAAUUAUAACAAACCUAUAAAACAACAAACAAUAAAUAAACAACUGUCAAUUCUAUAGUGCUUAUCCAACAUAUGUUAUACUAAUAUUAAAGAAGAUCCAUCUAAGACACGUGUAAGUAUAUGUUGUGUUUAAGUAUGUGCUUAGUUAAACAUAUAAAAAACAAUAUACUUGUGUACUUCACUUAUUAUUUAUUUUUUCGUUUAUAUUUUUUUUACAAUAUUUAUUUUAAUAACGAUGUUUAACUACAAUAUUAAGACCUAUUGGGAAAAAAUAGUUAAUUUAUUAUAAAUUCCACGCUAUUAGUUAUUUAGUUAUUUAAUAGAUAACUACAACCAUAUUUUAGGUGUUGGUACUUUCUUAUUCGUCAAAAUAUAUUAUAUGUACUUCAAAAAAGGUAAAUCAUUUACAAAACACAAUCGAGUUUUAUCCAAAAAAUUUAUACUUAUAUACAUGAAUGUGUGAAGCAUACAAAAAUAUUAGAUAGAUAAAAUGUGGAUUUUUCUAGCAGCAUAAUAAUGUAAUAAGUUAAUUUAAAUUUCAUUCAGAAGAGGAAAUCCAAGUAUCGUUAAAUUCGCGUAUAAGGUAUACUUUUGUAUAAAUGUUAAGUAAAACCUUGUGUUUAAUUGUAUAUUAAAUAUUUUAUCGUAGUGUACCUACUCCAAUCAAAAUUAUUCAAUUGAAUAUCUAUAUGAGUUAGUUGCGUGUUACAGUUUAAAAUUUAAAAUUAAGCUAUUAUAAUAUGUGUCAAUGCUAGUACAUUCGACGUAACGAAUUUAGGUAGAUAGGUUAUAUUAUCUAUGGCCGAAUGAAGAAUAAUAAUAUAAUAUUGUAACCAAUUAAUCUUAAGCGGCCUAAUGUUUGUGUCAUUAUUUAAUCACCAAUGGUAUAAUAUAGGAUCAAUAUAUAUAUAAAUGUUAUUAUUAAUUUUCAUUUAUUGUGUGUGUUACAUAAACUUCUCUGAAGUUCACACAUUCCAUAUUAUUGUGUUGAGUACAGGGUAUUUUUUGAGACACAAAUUUAAAGUUUGCGACGAAAAGGAAUUAACAUAUGUUAGCUAACAUUUAUGUUAUGGCUUGUUAUGAUUUGUAAGAUUUUGAUGAAUGUCGUCUCAAAUUAUCCAAGCAAAUACUCUUAAAUUAUUCUGUUUACAAAAUGCAAAUGCCUAAUUUGCAUAAAAAGUUUUUUUUUAAUGAAAAAAUACUAUUUUUUAUUUGUACGAAAAUGUUUAUGUCUACCAAAAGGGCAUAUAUAAUAUGAAUUAUGAAUAAAAAACUUUCUUAUUUGUUAAGUUUUUUUUUUUAAUAUAACAUAAAAUAUAUUAAAAUUUUAUGAUGUACGUACGUCUUGUAUAUGAAGAACCUAAAUGUGUUCGCGACGAGAAAAAAAGCAGUUUAGAUUUGUAUCCCGUAUGUAUAGUUCUUUUUUUCGUUUUAAUUGUAUUAUAAUAUAUUAUUGUAAAAUUAUUAAAAAUCUUUUUUUAAACGUUUAAAAUGACGAGACCUCUAUACAUAUUGUAUUCAUGAAUAUAAGUACUAGCUGGUGCGUUUUGAUCAGAAAAUAUAUGGCAAAUCGUUUCAGUAAUCAUCUACAGUAUUUUAUAGUUUCUGCUGCUUUCUCACUAUGUACAAGGGUCGUCACGUUUAAAUUAUGAGAUUUUAGUAAUGAAAUAAUUUUUAAAUUAUAUUUUAUAAUAAAUUUGUAUAAUUAUAUAUACGAUUUGUUGUGUUUCUAUUGAGUGUUAUAAUCAUGGUAAUAUUUUAGAUGUGUUAAAAAUAUUAAUAUGUGUGUAAAUUAAUGCUUACCUGUACAAACCAUUUUGAAUAGUUCACAGUACUUAUAAAGUUUAUAAUUUAUCCGUAGAAAUCGAUUCUGAUUGUUUUUGUAAAGAUGAACCGAGAAAUUAUUGUUAACCUUUGAAUAAUAAAAUAAAACCAUGUACAAUACAUAA